AACCGUCAGUGAUGUUUAAUUUGACUUACGAUCGAGUCAUACAUCAGUGGUACUCAGUAUUCUGACGGCACAUUUGAAUUAUACAUUUUUUGAACUAUAUCAAAAGAUCGCUCGUGAGCGUGUGCUAUUCAAAUCCCUCAAAUUCGCACACAACUAUUCCAUUCCAGUUCUCAUAUAGUUUUUCAUACUCAACCUCAACAAAAUAAGCAAAAGCAAAUACUAAUGAAAAUAGAAAAAGUUAAAACAAAACCACAAUAACAAAAACAAAAAACAACCUCAACACUCGCAUCUUUUCUACCCGAAAGCAGAAUAAAUGUUGUCUAUCGCGGAAUCGUGUUGGUAAUUUGUUAGAUCGUUUCUCAGUUGUCAUUCUUUAUUUCGACGGAAUAUACCUCGUUAUUUAAAGUACACUACCGAGCGCCGCAUUUGAUCAUAUUUUGAAUUUUUUUUUGCUCGACAAAUAAUAAAUACCAAUAUUUUUAGCUAGAUCGUCGAGAUACUCGUAAAUUAUUAAUUUGUCUGCGUCAUCGCAAACAUAAACAUCAAACUCUAAUUCUAAAUCAGUUUCAAGUUCACUCUCAAGGAGAAACAAAUCUACAGUUUGCUAAAACUUAAUUUUUGAAAUGGCUGGACCACUACUAGGCACAUGUUGCGGAUGUACAUCACUCCGGACGGGUUCAAUUAUAUCCGGACUGUUGGCUAUUAUACUUUCUAUCCUGACAAUCAUAGUAAUCUUCACGACCCGCGUCGAAUUUAAAACCAUUCUCUUCGACUGGCUACCGUCGAAUGUGGUUAAAAUAAUCCUCGUGAUCAAUUUAUGUAUGACGAUUCUGAUAUCAACACUUAUGAUGGUUGGAGUUUUGAAGAGAAAUCAUUACCUUAUGCUACCAUGGGUCGUGCUUGGAAUUAUGAUCGCAAUUGGCCUGCUUAUUUCAGUUAUCUACACAGCAGUGAUGUUCUUCAUCGAUGGAUUUGUUUUAACUGGUGUGUUGUGGCUUAUAUUUGGAUUACUUUGUUGCGUGAUCCUUACAUAUUGCUGGUGUGUUGUCUACAGCGAGUACGUUGCACUUUCAGAAGAAAGUUCCAGAGGACGUUACAACAAGCAACCAUAUCGUCGCUAAGAUUACACCAUUAAUUAAAAAAAACAAUAUUUUUUAAACCUAAUUUAUAUUAAAUAUAUAUUAAAACUGAUUAAAAAAAUUAUUUAUUGUAGAUACCUUAAUAAAUUAA